AUGAAACCUACCGAUCUUGGUAAGGUCGUAGAUCUCCUGGACUGGAAGGACAAGAUUCCGCUCCCGGCGCGCGAGGAAGGCGUGUCCGAGUCCGAGGAAUCCGGCUUGACAGCGAACGUGUCAUAG